AUGAAUACUGUGCCGAUUUUGCUUAAUAAGGCCGCGAUGCGGAAAUAUGAGGAUCUUGAGAUCCCAUGUGAUGCUAUCCUUGCUACUUACGUGUGGAUCGACGGAUCUGGUAUCAACCUUCGUGGUAAAGACAGGACAUUUGAUUUUGUACCGAAAAUUGUUAAGGAUUUGCCGAUCUGGUACUUUGAUGGUGGUAACACAGAUCAAGCAAAAGACGAUAAUUCCGACACUUAUAUCUUUCCCCAAGUACUAUACCACGAUCCUUUUAGACGAGGAAGUAACAUAUUGGUGCUGUCGGAUACUUACUCGUUCAAUUAUCAACCAACAAGCACAAACUUCCGCAAAUCUUGCUUAAUAUUAUGUGAGAAGGGUGAAGUUGAAGAGCCAUGGUUUGGGUUCAACCAGGAGUUCUUUCUCACAUCAGUAGAUGGCAGGCCACUAGGCUGGCCCCCUGGUGGCUUCCCUGCGCCUCCAGGACCCUACUACUGCGCUACAGGAGCUAACAAAAUCGUGGCUAGAGAUCUAAUGGAGGCUUUUUAUAGAUGCUGUCUUUAUGCAGGUAUUCAGAUUAAUGGUAUAAAUCCAGGAUCAACGCCAUCCCAAUGGAAUUUCCAGGUCGGUCCAAGUCCUGGCAUCAAGGCAGCCGAUGAUCUAUGGAUGGCGAGGUACAUACUGUCGAGGUUAGCUGAAGAGUACGGUAGCGUGGCUAAUUUUGAACCACAACCAAUCCCUGACUGGCCAGGAAAUGGUACAUUUGUCUAUUUCUCUUCAAAAGAUAUGAGAGAAGACGACGGUAUACUAGUCAUUGAGCGUGCCAUUAGCAAGCUGGCGCGCAGGCAUGGAGCUCAUAUAAACGAAUAUGAUGCUAAUAAUGGUGGUGACAACGUACGGCGACUCACCGGCAAGAAUAGAAUGCCACACAUUAACGAUUUUACCGCAGGUGUGGCUAACAGGGCUUGUUCCGUGCGGAUACCACGCCAAGUUUCUGAAGAUAAGAAAGGAUAUUUCGAAGAUCGACGCCCUGCAGCCAACGCAGAUCCAUACAGGGUUAUAUCAAUCCUACUAAAAACUUGCAUUUUCGACGAGUGA